CCACUGCCUUUUGGUGUGAAUCAUGCAGUUAUUUGUGUACAGUGGUUGUUUUUUUACUAUAUAUAUACGCAUAUAUAUCCUGUCUCUCCUUAAGAGAAUCCAAACAAUUUGGAGACAGCAGGGCUGGCGAUCAUACUUCCAGCCUUGCCAUAUCUGUACUGCUUUCCUAGAUAGCACUUCAUUUUUGAAAUGUAGUCCUAUCCACCAGUAUUUUGGAGUGCCCAGUUUUGCUGGUUGCUUUGCUGUGUUGUCUGUAAACAGCCAAGCAGCCUUGCCACACAUGCUGCAGCUUCUUACACAGAAGAGCUCCAGUUCCACACACAGUGAUGAUAACAGGCUUUUUCUAAAGUACAUGUUACCAUGGCGAUGACUGCAGGCACUACAACAUCCUUUCCCAUGAGUAACCACACCCGGGAGAGAGUGACGGUGGCCAAACUCACGCUGGAGAACUUCUACAGCAACCUCAUUAUCCAGCAUGAAGAGCGAGAAACCAGGCAGAAGAAGCUAGAAGUGGCUAUGGAAGAGGAAGGCCUAGCGGAUGAGGAGAAGAAGCUGCGCAGGUCACAACACGCCCGCAAAGAAACUGAGUUUCUGCGACUGAAGAGGACUCGACUCGGCUUGGAUGACUUUGAAUCUUUGAAAGUUAUAGGAAGAGGAGCAUUUGGGGAGGUACGCCUUGUUCAGAAGAAGGAUACAGGCCAUAUUUAUGCAAUGAAGAUACUAAGAAAAGCAGAUAUGCUGGAGAAAGAGCAGGUGGCCCAUAUCCGAGCAGAAAGAGAUAUUUUGGUUGAAGCAGAUGGAGCCUGGGUGGUGAAAAUGUUUUACAGUUUUCAGGAUAAAAGAAAUCUCUACCUGAUCAUGGAGUUCUUACCUGGAGGUGACAUGAUGACCUUACUAAUGAAGAAAGACACCUUAUCAGAAGAGGAGACACAAUUUUACAUUUCUGAAACUGUGUUGGCCAUAGAUGCUAUUCACCAGCUGGGAUUCAUCCACAGAGAUAUUAAACCAGACAACCUUUUGCUGGAUGCUAAGGGUCAUGUAAAACUCUCUGAUUUUGGACUAUGCACAGGUUUAAAGAAAGCUCACAGAACUGAGUUCUACAGGAACCUUACACACAACCCACCAAGUGACUUCUCAUUUCAGAAUAUGAACUCAAAGAGAAAAGCAGAAACAUGGAAGAAGAACAGGCGACAGUUGGCAUAUUCUACUGUUGGCACUCCAGAUUAUAUUGCACCAGAAGUAUUUAUGCAGACUGGGUAUAACAAGCUAUGUGACUGGUGGUCUUUGGGAGUGAUUAUGUAUGAAAUGCUAAUAGGGUAUCCGCCUUUCUGCUCAGAAACACCACAAGAAACUUACAGGAAAGUUAUGAACUGGAAAGAAACUUUGGUAUUUCCCCCAGAGGUGCCCAUUUCAGAGAAAUCAAAGGAUUUAAUUUUAAGGUUUUGUACUGACUCAGAAAAUAGAAUUGGUAGUAAUGGAGUAGAGGAAAUAAAAAGUCAUCCAUUCUUUGAAGGAGUGGACUGGGGACAUAUCAGGGAAAGACCAGCUGCAAUCCCUAUAGAAAUCAAAAGCAUUGAUGAUACUUCCAACUUUGAUGAAUUUCCUGAAUCUGAUAUUUUACAGCCAGUGCCAAACACAACGGAACCUGACUACAAAUCCAAAGACUGGGUUUUCCUCAAUUACACCUACAAGAGGUUUGAAGGGCUCACGCAGCGUGGCACGAUCCCUUCCUACAUGAAAGCUGGGAAGUUGUGAAAUGAAACACAAACCCACAAAAGAAAUAAAAAUACAAACCUCAGGUAGCUGCAUCACCAGACCCGCUUGGCGUUAGUUAUCGAUACAUUGACUCUGGUGCGCAUCAAUUUCACACGGAAAUUCUACAGGAUUAGGAUUUCUAAGACUACUACAGGAAUUAGUUGGCAGUGCCAGCUGGCUUUUUUUUUAAUAUUUGAAUAUUUUUGUUAACUUUAUUAUACAAAGGUACUGGAAUAAAAGGAACAUACAUCCCUUUGUAACUGCACUGCCUAUGUGUGUAUAACGGUUAAUUAUGCCUCUCUGUACUGUGGCUUUGUUUGUACUGUAAACCAUCUAAUCCAUCCAGGAGUAAGAACAUAUCAUUUUAUGCAGCAUUGUUAUUAUACUGCUUACCUGGUGGUUUUUAGAUAUGCAGUAUAGAAAACCAUUGCCCAUAUUUGCAAAAUUCUCUGAGCAGUUGUUCCAGGAUGUUCCAGUUGUGGUCUACAGAUACCCCAUGAGCAUGACAACAUUUGAUUAUUUAAAAUAGCAGUGUCCUGUGGGGCCUACUUGUACCCUGCCUCAUUCCUCCCCACCAGAGGCCUUUAAUAGUAGAUCAUCCCUCAUCUUCUCUUUUUUCCUUUAUCCCCUAUGUGACAGUGAGACAGUCCCUGUGAUCUGUUUAGUAGCAUUUCUGCUUCAAAGUGUAGUUACAGAUAUUUCUGUUUAAGAUGAUAGAGCUUUAUACCUGUUAGCAAAUUCAGAAGAAAACAUGGAAUCUGAAUUAAAAUGAUUUUUUUUUUUUAGAAAGAAAAUUUUUUCCUGAUACCAAGUUUUGAGAAGAUGGCAGUCUCUGUUGUUAGGCAGAUAAUCUUACCACUAUUGAGAAUUCAGAUAGCCUUUUCUGUCUCUGCAAAACAUGUUUUCUAGAAAAGUGAUCAAACUGCUGCUUUUACUAUUUUUUUUCCUCUCCCUAAGAUGUUCCAAACAGAAGGGAUCCUGUCCCAGCCUUUUGUUUUCAGCAUAUCCCAUAGCAGCCUCCUCUAAGACAGAGCAAACAGACUCAGUCUGCUGCAGACUCCAUGUUCUUCCAGCAUCUCUCUCGAAUUUGGACCAUGGGGUUGGAAGGGAUCAGCUGAGUCUGGAGACCAGUCACAGGAAACCACAAACAACCCUGACUGAAGCCAGCAGAGCCUUUAAACGCUGUGCUGCCCAGUGUGCAAGGUGGUGACAAACUGACAGUAGGUACGGGGCUCCUACUGCUAGGUCUGCUGGCAGCUUGCCAUUAUGUGGUUGCUGGCAAAUUUAUCUAUAGCUCUGCCCAUACUAGCAUGUUGUUUGCAGUACAUACAGUUUAUCCCAGUACAGUGGAGAUCUCUGAUGUCAUUUUCUGGUUAGAAAGGAGAUUUGCAGCAAUUGAACAAUACUCCAGGAGCCGAACAAGCAAAGUCACUAUUGCUGUCUUCCUCCAUCCCACAGCUAGCCUGGAAUGCUAGCGAAAGGCACUCUAGGGCCCUGGGACACCCACUGGAGUGAAGCACAGGGCGUUUUGGCGUGUAGUAGGAAAGACUCCAUUAGACUGAUUUUUUUUUUUUUCUUUUCCUCAGCAAAAUGGAACCAAUUAUUUAUAAAGCCAUUACAGAAAUAUAUAUGGCUGUUAGGCACCAUGACAUCAGCUGUUCUGAAUUGUUUGUAUGCUUUAAAACACACUGGGGUGUUCAUCUGUUGCAUAGAAGUCCAUUUGGCAGAAAAAUUUCUGUGCAUUGGUGGCUUAAGACAUGUGUGUUCCCUGAUCCAACAGCUGCUAAGUUCAAGGGCCUAAGUCAUGUCUUUCCUCAAUAUUUUGUCUCCCUUCAAACAUCUAACAUCUGUUGUUUAUACUGCUUUUCUACAAAAAAUUUCAGUCUUCAGUUCAUCAGAGAGGAAUAUCCGGUGCCCCCAGACCCACCCCAUUUAUGCAAUAUUAUAUCAGAAUAUGGCUAAGCUGAAUUUUUGCCUAAAGGCUUGACUUAUACAGGAACAGUUUAUUAUCUCCCAGUUUUUCUUCCUGAAACUUGCACUAAUUUACACCCUUGACUGCUACUGAGACAGGAUCCUUCUGAAAUUCUCCCGGGGUUGUUUUCAGCCUAGUCAACAAAGUGAAGGUCACCUAUAACCAUUCAAAGACUCUCUAAAAAUUGUAACUUGCUUAAAUCCACAUUUAUACUUUACAACUUCUUUCUGCCAGUGGCCUAGAACUAGUAGGGCAGUAUUUUCUUGUCUCCCUGCCCUAGGGAUGAUCCAAAAUAUAAGCCUGGCCCCAAAGGAUACUGCCUUUCAAAAAAGAUGUUUUUUAUUUAGUUUUAAUUCCCAAUCCUGUUUGUGGGGCUUAUGUGCGCUAGAAGUGGAAUUCCUGUGAACAACACAUUUCAAAAGACCACAGUUACCCUGUUUGUGUAAUAUAAAAAGAAAUAUUUGCUUAAACUUGCCAAGACAUGAUAAGUUUCAUGGAAACUGCAAAUGCUCAGUAAUACUGGUGAUUUUUUUUUUUUCCAGUGGGAUUUAGGGCAGGGGAGAUAAAUAUACACUUAACUUAAAGCUAUCUAUUAAACAACUAUGUCUGUACAUACUCACCGGUUUACAACCUUGGAAAAAAGCUCAACCCUUAUAUUUGUAACACUAAAGAUAAUAUGCAUAUAAAAUUGCAGAUGAUUAAUCAUAUCAGUGCUCACAUAGGAAUUAUAUCCUUACAGAAACAGCCUGCAGCCUCUUUAGCAAACACUUCUGUAUUGCGAUAGUUGAAAAAAAAUUUUUUUUUUUUGAAAACAUGGCAUUAUUUUAACCAGUAAGUCAAGUUAAAGAUAAUAUUAACUACUGCUUUUAGGAUGAUAGAAUUUUUUUAAAGGUAAAGCUGUGACACUGUAAUGGAUUAAAGAGAACAGAAGGUUAAUCUACACUGGCUUUCCAAAAAAAUGGACGUGUAACAUAUCUUUUGCUUUAUUUUUGUCUUAUUCUUUUGAAUGGCUGUGUUUUUUUCCUUUGGCGAUGUUUGUUACCGUGCCAUUUUUUUUUUAUUCUUGGAGUACCAAAGAUCCUGAAAUGGCUUGAUGAUUGCAACCAUGUGAAAAUUUAUUUUCUGGGAGUAUAUUUUGUUAACUUCUGUUAAAAUGUGGAACUGUGUAUGCAAAUUGAUCUUGGAAGUUAACCUAUUCCAGCAGGGAAAUCUUGAGUGCAUCAAUGGAAGUGGUGAGCCUGAACCCAAAUUCUGGAUCUGAAUACCCUGAAACUGGGGAGGAAGUUUGGACUGCAAGCCACUGAGUUUUUGUGCUUGGUUCCCUCUCUAAUCAGCGUGAGUGAGUGGCCUGAGGUCCAGGACAUCAGCAGAGGUUAUUUCAUGUGCAAAAGGAGUUUAAAAAAAAAAAAAAAAAAAAAAAAAAAAAAAGAAGAAGAAAUUUGCCAGCAUUCAGAAAUCACAUAUUGUCGAUACUGCAUUUGCACUGUUAAUUUGCCUUGCUGGAGAGUUAUAUGAGUGUUAUUUUUGUAGGUCAAUUGUUAAACACCUGAGUCAUUUGAUACAGUGUGGGAUAACAGCAUCUGAUAUAGGUGAAUUCACCGAAGUGCAAAGGGGCUUGCUGAAAGCUCUCCACACUACUAAGAUAGAGGGGCAUAAGCAGUACAAAGGGUGUUGUGUGGGCUCCUUAUAGUGGGGUGACUUUCCUCCUCUGCAACAGCAAGUAGGGAAUACUGCAGUUUAGCCUGGUUAUACUCUUAAUGCUUAGGAAGUGCUCUCACUUUUUCAAUAAUACGAGCAAUUACAAGCAUUGUAACAUACUGUACCUUGUCCUUUUAAUGUUGAUAUACUACAGCAGCUCAUUCUUGGAGUCUAAAUGGCAACUGCUAUAUUUUUUCCUAGACUGUUUCAUUAGUUGUGGUUGGGAAAGUUACAUAGAAGCAUUAUAAAAAUUUAUAUGAGGCUUUUUACAGCAUUUGAAAAUAAACGUAGCAUUCUUUUUGUAAA